AUUAACUUUAACCGCCGUCCCUCCGGUCGUGUUUCGCUGUCGUUACGACGGAGAGCGCAAAAAAAAAAAACCCUAAUCUAAAGUUCGAGACUUUCCGAUUCCCAAUCAAUCAUGCCAUGCAAGAGAUGCAACGGCACCGACUUCCAACGCGACGACGCCACAGGGAACUCGUAUUGCUCCGGAUGCGGGACGUUACAAGAGUACGACAACUACGAGGCCCAGCUCGGCGGCCUAAAGGGACCCCAAGGCACCUACAUCCGCGUGGGCACCACCGGCACAGGCUCCACCCUCGCUUACAGAGACAAGAAGAUCUUCGACGCCGGUAACUUAAUCGACGACAUCACAGAAAGGUUGCAGCUUGGUGACAAAUCCGAAGAGGUUAGGCGUAUGAUCGGUAAGAUCACCGACGGUGAGUUCGGGAGGGGGGAGUGGUUCUCGGCUCUGAUCGGCGCGUGUUGCUACGCGGUGGUGAGGAAGGAAGGUAGUGGAGUUUUGACGAUGGAUGAGAUUGUGAAUGUCGUUGGGUGCGAUUUGCAUCAGCUUGGGAGUAUGUGUAAGCGUGUUGUGGAGUAUCUAGGGAUUGAGUUGGGAGAGUUUGAUCUUGUUGGGUUGUUUGUGAAGACGGCGAGUAGCUCCCCGAGGCUGAGUGGUGUUGAUGGGAAGAAGAAGGAGAAGGUGGUGAAGCAAGGGGGGUUUCUGAUGAACUGUUCGUUGAAGUGGUUUUUGUCUACGGGGAGGAGGCCUAUGCCUUUGGUUGUUGCGGUUUUGGCGUUUGUUUGUCAGGUGAAUGGUGUGAAGUGUAGGAUUGAUGAUUUGGCUAGAGAUUGCGAGGUUUCGUUGUGUACUUGUAAGUUGCGGUAUAAGGAGUUGCUGGAGAGGCUUGUGAAGGUUGCGAAGGAGAUUGGUUUGCCUUGGGCGGGGGAUGUUAACGUGAAGAAUGUGGUGAAGCAUUCGGGGGCUUUGAUUGGUUUGAUGGAAGCCAAGUCCAUGAGAAAGAAAGGAGAUAGAAGCGAUGGGGUUUGUUUGAAGGAGAUUGUGAGGGAUUGCUUAAGGCAAGAAGCUAUGUAUUGUUAUGAUGAUGAUGAUGAUGAUGACGAAGGUGAGAGGAGCUCGUUUCUUCAGAUGGUUUCGUGUGAUGAUUGGUGGAAAGGGAAGUCGAAGAUGAGUCAAAGGCUUAAGUUAAAGGAAGUGUUGGAGAGAGACGUAGGGCUUGAUGAUUUGCCUGUUUCUUUUAUAAAGGGGUGUGAUGCGGUGGAGAGACGGAGAGAGAAGAUUAAGGCGGCUAAGUUGAGGAUUGGUGCGGUACAAGAUCCUUGUGAUGAUGAUAAAGUUAGUGGAAGAGAGCUGUCUCUGGAGAUUGGAGAUGGAAAGAAGAAGAGGAAGAGGGGAUGUGAGAUUGAUUGGGAGGAUUUGGUUAUACAGACUCUGGUCUUACACAAUGUGAAGGAUGAAGAGAUAGAGAAAGGGCAUUACAAUGCUUUGCUUGGUUUACAUGUUUUCAACUAAAUUGAAAUGAAACUGUAAAAGCUGAAGCUGUUUAUUUUAUUUUUAUUGUAACUAAAGAGAGAGAGGAAUC